CGCCCGUCAGGCCCCGCGCCCCGCGCCCAGGACCGGUCCGCAGCCCGCAGGCCGCACGCCGCCCGCGCCGCGAUGGGGGUGGAGGGCUGCACCAAGUGCAUCAAGUACCUGCUCUUCGUUUUCAAUUUCGUCUUCUGGUUGGCCGGAGGCGUGAUCCUGGGUGUGGCCCUGUGGCUCCGCCAUGACCCACAGACCACCAACCUUCUCUAUCUGGAGCUCGGAGACAGGCCUGCGCCCAACACCUUCUACGUAGGCAUCUACAUCCUCAUUGCCGUGGGCGCCGUGAUGAUGUUCGUCGGGUUUCUGGGCUGCUACGGGGCCAUCCAGGAGUCCCAGUGCCUGCUGGGCACGUUCUUCACCUGCCUGGUCAUCCUCUUUGCCUGUGAAGUAGCUGCUGGCAUCUGGGGUUUUGUCAACAAAGACCAGAUCGCCAAGGACGUGAAGCAGUUCUACGACCAGGCUUUGCAGCAGGCCGUGGUAGACGACGAUGCCAACAAUGCCAAGGCCGUGGUGAAGACCUUCCAUGAGACGGUGCGGCAGCGGGUCCUGGGGGUCUGGGGGUUCGGGGUGGGGCUGGGGGAUUGGGGCGUUGUGCUGUUGGGUGAGGCCCAGCUGGGGUUGAGUGUGGCCCCAGCGCAGACCUCAGCAACAGGAGGGGCUUGGGGGCCCUGGCAGCCCUGCCCCUUGAGGGCAGUGGAGCCCCUCCAGAGGGGAUUCUCUGGGACUUGUGGAUUCCCAGUGUGAACCAGAUGAACCUUAGGCCCGGCUGCAGGGCUUUCUGGGCAGCACCGCUGAGUGGGAGGAAGGAAGGAGAGGGGCCCCUGGGCUCAGUGCUCUUCCCC